AUGGAUAACCGUGGCUCUUUCUUCUUCUUUCUGCUGGUAUUCUACCUACUCCUCAGCUCUCAGUCACGCCCUCCACUCAUCGAUGAGGAUCGAGAGCGCCAGCGCGCGCUCAACAGAGAGCAACAUGCGCUGCAGCUACUGAAUGAAUCCAGGUAUGGAGACUUUGACCCGCCGGCGGAUCGAUGGCUUCCAUCCUUGGGUUUACGCGCGAACGAUACUUUCGCGUGGGAUCUUCUUCCACAAGUCCAAGAUCGUGUCCGGUACCAGAUUCAAUCUGCCAUCGCUGCCACGGGUGUCGAAACGCCCCAGGAUCUCGACCAAAUCUCUCUUACUCCAUCAACGAAUCUGACUAAGCUGUUCCUCCCGGUAUACCGCAACGUCACGGGAAAGCUUCGAGGAGACUGGGUCCGCAGGUCUGAUGUCCAGCGUCGUAUUCCUCUGAACAUUUCGGCGAUCACCCUGGAGCAUGAAUAUUAUGAGGCCGAGUUCAGUUCCAACAUCACGGGCAAUGACGGCACGUUUCACUUUGACAUAGAAGAGGGCGCCGGGGAAGACCUUCGCAUAGGGGAGUCGCUCGUCCGAGAGAUCCGGGCGAGCCUUUCAGUCGAGGGGAACGAUUUCUGGGGUAGCAGCUGGGACAUGCCGCUGUUUGGUGUACAUUUCCCUGAAAAUGGAGGCAUUCUUCUGACUACCACGAGUGAGAAAUUCGCCGGCAUCUUCUCUUUGCCUCACUUUGCGCUCUCUGCCGACACCUCUGAGAUGUCUCACAAGUUAUUGAUGAAGUCGCUCAUCAAUACAAUGUCCCGCAACCAGUCUCUGCACCCGUCGUUCUUCCCAUGGUCCACGUUGUCAGGGACUGAACAGGCUGAAUUCCUAGCACCAAAAUGCGAGCACAUCGUUUAUCUCCAGCAGCAUCCAGUCGUGAUCAAAGAGAAUGUUGCCGAUCGAUUGAUGCUUGACCGGAUGGAGCAGGAACUGAGGUUCCCUGUGGGAGCCCCUAUCCCUGAUCCUCCGCUCAUGGUCAUGUCAGCUGUCAUCUUUUCUCCUGACUGCGGGUACAUACUCGAGUCGAAAAGUGCCCCGGAAUUCCCACCCACUGACUCGCUCUAUUUGACGGGUCCCAAACUGGAAGAGUAUGGCAAGUAUGCAGCGCGCCUCCUUUUUGUGACCUGCGGCGUCUUCGUUGGGCAAAUUGCCCUGUUGCUACGACAGAUCAAAGAAGCGUCCACUCCUUCUACGAGAAGCCGCAUCAGUUUCUACACCAUUGCGUUGAUGGCACUUGGGGACGGGCUGAUCUUGACGUUCAUUACACUGGAGCUUCAUGCCGCCGUAUCUUUCUUGGUGACCUCCACGGCUCUGUUCCUGGCCUUCCUUUCCGUCAGUUACAUCGGUAUGAAAUUCAUGAUGGAGAUCUGGACCGUUCAAGAGCCUGAGCGUCGUGAAGAACGGCCUGCAAAUCUGCCAACGCCCACCACGCGCCCGGCAACCCUUCCGUUGCCUGCAACCGCGCCAGUGCGGGACACGGGGGCCACGCCCGUCAUCUUGACCCCGGAUCAAGACCCGCCGGCCGACGAGACGGACCCACCACCCACCACCAAUCGACCAGUCGCCCCCACACCCAGCCAGCUUCGCACCGAUGUGGGCUCAAUGUAUGCGCGCUUCUACCUGGCGUUCUUUGGACUGUUUAUCAUCACAAUCUUUGCGAUGCUCCUGCCUCGGCGAGCUGCUGCCAUCUAUGCGCGCGCAAUAGCUGGGAUCUAUCUUUCGUUCUGGGUCCCUCAAAUCUACCGUAAUGUGAUGCGCAACUGUCGCAAAGCACUGCGGUGGGAAUUCGUCAUCGGACAAAGUGUCUUGCGACUCUUCCCAUUCGUAUAUUUCUGGACAACUCGUGGAAAUAUACUGUUCAUUCGUCCGGAUUGGAUCACUGCCCUGGUCAUGGCGGGAUGGGUUUGGAUUCAAGCGUGGACCCUGGCCAGCCAAGACGUUCUGGGACCUCGCUUCUUCGUUCCUCAUGGCUGGGCCCCUCCUGCCUAUGAUUACCACCCCACACUGCGCGAUAGUCCAGAGACUGACGCGGACUUGGAAUCCGGGAACGUUCUGUCCAUCACCUCUCUGCGGGCCGACGAACGUGACCUCAUCGCCGAGACCAAGGACGAUGGAAAGCUCAAGUCCAACUACCGCAAAAAGGUCGUCUUUGAUUGCGCUAUCUGCAUGCAAGACAUAGAGAUCCCGGUGCUCUCGGGACCGACUUCUGCUGGCGGAAGUAGCGUCACUGAGGGUGCUUCGAACAUUCUGAGUCGCCGCAUGUACAUGGUUACUCCAUGUCGACACAUAUUCCACACCGCCUGUUUGGAAAGUUGGAUGCGGCUCCGCUUACAGUGUCCCAUCUGCCGUGAAACGAUUCCUCCUGUAUAG